CCGCCCCUGGCCGGCAGCGGGAGCUUGAAGCGCUGAGGGGAGCGAGGGACGGAAGGGCGGUUCCGCCGGGCGCUUUCCUUCCUCGCCCGGGUCCUGGGGGAUUUGUGCUCCCCAGGGGGCUCCCUUCGCUCCUCAGCCCUGCAGGUCGGUGCUGUGGCUGCGUUUUUUGGGGUGUAGCACCUCAGAACGAGCUCCACGGGUCUGUGGCUCUGCUUAUGGGCUGCCCAGCGUUCAUCCCGCUUCUCUGCGGGUGGAAAACUAGCAAGGCAAAAGUUUGAGUGUUAAUAGAGUGUUAAAAGUAUUGAGUGUUAAUAGAGCCUUUUGUUGUUGAGACAGUAAGAGGAGUGAGUGCCUUUAUAUAACGUAGCUAUAAGAAGGAAAACUGAGGACGUAGUUACAGACCUACCCAAAGUGCACAAGUCAACAGAAACAGCUAUUCAUCUCGAGAUGGAAGAGUCGGUGCUGGAUAAAUUGCCAUCUUUGUGCAACACUGCAAAGGAUUCUGGGGCACCACCUGCACAGGGGACUAGUUCAGGGAAACAGCAAAUGAGUGCAGCUCUGAGGGAACGAUUAAGGAAAACAAGACGUUCAUUUAAUGCCAAUUUUACAGUGGCAAAGCGGCUCAAAAUAGACUCUGAAGAAAAAGACGCUGCUGGUGCUGCCACAGGGUGCUUGCCAGAGACAAGUCCAGACUGUUCCAGGUUACAAGAUGGUGCUGAAAACCUGGAAGGAAAUGGCACUGGACAUGCAUGUUUCAAAAGUCCCUCACAGGAGGGUGAUCCCUCUGGAUCAGCAGAGAAUUCGGAUGUGCUACAGGUUGAUCUUGGUCAGCAGCAGUCCCUUGAAGAGAAAGUGAAGCUGGAGAAACAAGUGCAGGAGAAGGAAGAGCUACUUCGUAGGCUCAGACUGGUGAAGAUGUAUCGAUCCAAGAACAACCUGUCUGAGCUGCAGGCUUUGAUAGCGAAGUGGAGGAGUAGCACCCAGCUGAUGCUGUAUGAGCUGCAGUCGGCCUUUUCUGCAGACAGCAAGAAAGUGAGUCUCACUCGGCUCAUCGACACUUUUGGGUUAGAAGACCAGUUACUGCACUACAGCAGAGCAGAGGAAGAUUUUGUAGAUGCAUAAUCUACAGCUGCAGAGCUUUCUUUGCACAGACACAAAAGCAGACUGAAUAAAUUCUGAUUGUGUCAGAAGUGUUGGUCAGACAACGGACUUUAUGCUUUGGGGUUAGGAGGUUUUCUCCAGACACACUUGUGAAGCUGUGUGCAUAUCUACAGUAGGCACUGUAAAAGGCAUUACUUAAUGGAAAAAAAAAUCAAACUGGUGAUGUUUUGGAGAAUCUGGCUUAAUGACUUGGUCGGUGAAUUUUUAUUUAAUAAAAAUAAAAUUAAGUCAUAGUUUAA